CUGUGUGUGCCACGUUAGCUAAGUUGUGGCAAAUUAUCCCUUUCAAAACGUCAUCAAAUUAACCAAGUUCAGUCUCUUAUUUCGUUUUUUAGCUGAUAUCCUUAUUUGUGAAUAUUCAGAGAUGGAUCUGACACAAUAUUUAUUACUUGUGUGCAGUAUUUGCUUCAUUAGCAUCGAUGCUUUGAGGUUUAGUUUGUCUCCGGGUGCCAACAACAAAAAAUGUUUGAGAGAGGAAAUCCAUAAAGAUGUGUUGGUAACAGGCGAAUUCGAGUUCACCGAGGCCCCCGGUCAGAAGGGGUCAAUACAUGUAAAAGACUCCAAAGGUCACAUUUUGUAUCAAAAGGAAGAUGCCACCAAAGGAAAGUUUGCCUUUACAACAGAAGAAUAUGACAUGUUUGAGGUGUGCUUUGUGUCCGUUAUGUCUGGAGGUGGCCAGGGGUCAGAUAGAGAGGUGUUCCUCAUGAUGAAACAUGGAGUAGAAGCUAAAAAUUAUGAAAGUAUUGCCAAGGCUGAGAAGUUGAAGCCAAUGGAAGUAGAAUUGCGAAGACUUGAAGAUCUCUCAGAAUCGAUUGUCAAUGACUUUGCUUACAUGAGAUCUCGGGAAGAGGAGAUGAGAGAUACUAAUGAAUCCACCCAUUCACGUGUGCUAUACUUCAGUAUAUUCUCAAUGUGCUGUUUACUCGGCCUGGCAACGUGGCAGGUCCUCUACCUUAGGCGUUUCUUCAAGGCCAAGAAGCUCAUCGAAUAAGAAGGGACUGUCUUAUGGACUAGCAUAUCUACAAGUACUGCUGCAGCUGUGUGCUUCAGUUUCAAAUGGUGUUAAGGAACUUGUCACCAUUUAUAUAUGCAGCUAGCUGUUGAUCUCCCCCAUUCGAAUUAAAUGAUUUUAGGUUUGGAAAGGUUUCCUUAAGUAUUUUGGGUUUCAAGUGCUUCUGUUACAUGCAACAUUAAUGAAGAUAAGCAUAACUGCAGUAAUAUUUGUUGAUGUGUUCACAAAAAUAAGUUAGAUGAUUCUAACGAGAAUGAAUUGAAUUAGACUAAUCUUCAGUCUUGGUAGACUAAUCUUUCAUCUUGAUAACAGGAUUUCAGGUUUGCAUAUGCUAAUCAGGAUGUUCUAAUUUUUAUUCUUUAUGGCAAAUGUGAACCUGGGGAAUUGUGUGGCAUUUUCGUGCAUGAGUGAUUUCAACUGGUUGAUACUUUGGAGAUUGAAAUAAUCAAAUAUUAGUCCAGUGUUUACAUCUUUGAUUUUUUAUUCUGCUGACUCAUGCUGUAGUUUCAAAUAGCUUACUGCAUGAUAUAGGCGGCCAUGGACAGAGCUUUAAAAUAGAUGGAAAAUGGUACUGGGUUAGUAGUAAUAUCUGUAGAAUACUGUAAAAUCUGUCAGGGGCUGUUACCUCUUUCUAGAUGCCAGAGCUAGUUCUGUAAUGGUGUUUCCAAUUACUAUUCAGAGGCUGCUGUCUUUAAAUCUGUUAGGCCGCCUGUUCAGACUUACGGUGAUUAACAGCCUCACACAUGUGAUUUCUUUGUCUUAUUUGGAUCCCUCUAUAUCCUUUGGGUAAUAUUCCUGUAACUUGUGUUUUUUUGCUGUUGAAUUUGUCAUCUCAAACGGUGUCAAAUACUGCAGAUACUGUUCAUAAUCUUCUAGUAAACAUUCAAAUUGUGUGAUUGAGAAGUUCAAUGGCAACAAAUUUGGGCAUCUCCCACCCUCAAAGAAUUGAGCAAAAAAAGUCUCGUAAACAAAUGAAUUAUCAGGUGAUACAUACAGAUUCCGAUCCGAUCUCGGCAUUUGUUUUUGGUGGAGAGGAGUUCAUAGCUGGUUUAUAUUUCAGGGGUUAUUAUUUUUGGGGGUUGGGUGCACUUUUCUACUUUCGUGACUGUGUGGUUCGGUACUGUGCAUGUUAUGAUUACCCAAGGACAAAGAACUGACAAUAAUUAUGACGGUUGUCAAAGAUCAAGUAAUAUCUUCCACUGAAUAUGGUAAUAUCUCUUAAAGGCCCUUGUUCCAAAAUUCAAAAUAACUGAACUGAAGUCUCUGGACUUGGAUUUAUUUUUCUUCAGUCAUUUUUUCAUACUUUGGGUAAUCAUAAUCAAUUUAUGUACAUCCAUUUUGUAAAUAUUGCUUCAUUGCACUGUUCCAAUUUGCUAUACCAGGUGACGUCUCAUAAAGCAUUUUUAAUACCGAAUCAAAAUAAAAAAUAAAAAGUUCAACGGUGAAACUACAACAUGAAUGGAAGUUUGAUGAUGUUGAAGAGUAACUUUUUGGGACACCCUGUAAUAGAUCUAUUAUGCUUGAUAAACAAAAUCCAACCUGGUAAAGUGGUAAGCUCUUCCUUUUGGUUUUGGUCUGGGUCUAACUUCGCCGUGUGACUGUGAGUUUUUUUGGUGCCACAUUCAGGUCUUUUCUUUGGUUUACCAUUUAAACGAGGGGGAGAAUAUUUUAUCCUAAUUCAUUGGCACAAAAUAGGAACCUGAACCGGUUUAAUGUAGAGAUGUAGAUAUACUACACAUAGGUAUUAGAGUCAAAUUGCGUUUAGUAGCAAGGUAACUUGGUUAAUUUAUCACUGUAUGUGUAUGGUGUUGUCAACGCUACUUAGCCAGUUGAGGGGCUACUGUACAAAUGGCCAAAUUUACAUGUACGUGUGAUAGGCCUACAUGUAUGUAUAAUUGAGUUGCCUCAACCGCCUAAGUGUCAACACAAAAGUGUUUCUCAAUGUAAAAAUUGAGCGAUGUGAAUUACAUUUGUUAAAAAAAUUGUUUCAACAAAAAAAGAGAAAAAUGAUUAUCUUCCCAUCGGUCUUCUAUAAUAUCUGAUAAAAUGUAUCUGUACAUAAGCUUAUUCAAUACAUACCAUGAUUCCCAUGAUGUUGGGGUAUCUACCAACUCCCUCCUUUAAUUAUUUGUACCAGCAUGACUGAACUCCUAUCAUAAUGGUUGUUCUGACAAAUUAGAAGACAGAACUGUUGUUUAUUGAUUUUCUAAGUAAUUGUAGGUUUUAUGGCAUUUUCAGUUGGAUCCAUCACCAUAUGUAAAUAGACAUGAUGUAUGCGUACAGAGUCAGACUCGGAAGUGGGCUGUCCAUUGACUUUGUCUACAAAGAAUCUUUAUCAAGUCCAAAUUGACACUCCCUCUGUUUCGUAUAUUUUGAAUUCUUAGCAUCAGUUGAAAGUGGAUGGACUUCAGCAUUUGCUGUUGCUCAUGCUCCUUUCUAUGUUAUACGACUGAAUGUAGCAUUUUGUUCACCAUGUUUAUGAUACCAUCUUGUAUGUACAGACGGGAAGAAAUAAAUUUGAAAUAUAUAAAA